GACGUGUCCUGGGAAGAAUGAAGCUCCUUAUUCUUUGCGUAAUGAUCCACGGUUUGUCGGCGGAGAGUCCUGGGCAGGUUCUGUCAAUCAAUCGAUGGAAGGAGCAAGUCGUCGCUCCGGAGUUUCUUCUGGACAAUCGCGAAGAUAUCAACCAAAACCCCUUCUCUUACGAGGACAAGCGCAGCUUUCGUCCCGAGAGUCUCGGCGAGCAAGUUAAACGUAUUACCGGCACCGGCGAGGACGUCGGUCUGCAGCCACGUCUCGUAACUACAUCCCUGCAAUGUACCUGCGAAACGCAGUUCGAAAUAAAAGAUCUCGGCGAGGGACAUUAUCCGAGGUAUCUAACGACAUCGCGCUGCAAGCCGAAAGCCUGUCAGAACAAGUUCAAUUCCUGUCGAUUGUUGCACUACAUGGUUUACGUGUUGAGCCAGCGCGAUUUGAGCGGGUUGAGCGAUGAUCCUUACUUGGACGAUAAUACACUUUCGGAAGUUCUACUCCCGGAAGCCCUUCGUCACAAGUGGCAGUUUAAGCGUUGGAACAUCCCGGUCGCGUGUGUGCCAAUGACAGAAUAGACGUGUUCUCCGAUGUGCGGCCGUCUCAAGUUUGUCUCGAAACCGAUCAAGAAAAUAGAAUCUAGCGAUAUCUCUUUGUGUCGAAAUUUCGUUGAAAAUUUCGAUAAAUAUUUGGCAAAUAAAAUACGUAUUGAAUUUUACGUCUCCGCUUGCAACACAUACGGCAACAUGUGAAAUGUAAGACCGAAUAAAUAAUUGGAUUGUG